AUGUCUCAUAGUGAAAGUUCUUCAAUACCUCAGCAAGUAUCUUCGGAUCAAGAGCAGGAAUUCAAUGAAUUACGUAGCGAACUUCAAGAAACAGUAAACAUUGUAAUUAAGAACAACUUUGCUCACUUUAAAACUGUAACAGAUAAUUUAGUUGUUCUCGAUAAUGAGUUCCAGAUUAAGUCUCAAAUAAUCUUCCGUGCCUAUGAUUUGCUGAAAAAUAAACAGAUUCCAGAUAAAAAAUUUAAAAUUGUUUCAGAUGGACUUGAACCGAAUGAUGCACAAGCUUUUAAAUAUGAUAACAUCAUUAGUCAAGUUGUAAGUGAUAAAGGCGCAAAUUGGUUGCUCGCUUUAUGCAAAGAAAAAAGAGAUAGAGAUUACAUGUUUCAGACAUUUCUUCCGGCGUUAUUUGGAGGAUAUACAACAAAAUCUCGUUGCCAGGCACGUAAAAAACUAUUUGAAAUCUUCAAAUCUCAAGAGAAUGUCAAAGAUGAAUAUAUCAUUGAUUUGAUUUUUUCAUUUUUCUUUUGGGAGCCAGGAUUCAUCAAGAAUCUCCAUCUCUUUAUUAAAAACAGCCAAUUCGCGUGGAAUAAUCAAACAGAAUGCGUCAAAACUGUAUUAUCUGCUUACGAAAAAGCUCUUUCAUUCUGUUCAUCGUACUUGCAUGAAAUAUUGUCAAUCUAUAUUGAUGAUGAACCAAAAUACGUCGAAAUAUUGAAGAAAAUGCUUUUCCUUUCUGUUGAUUACCUUUUUCCAUUUGAUCCAAUCUAUGCCAGACUCAAAGAAAGUCCAGAAGGAUUACGCAGUAUUUUAGAGAUUGUUGAUAAUCUUAAAACAUUCCUAUCAGGAAGUGAAGGAGAAAAUAUUAUAAAUCAGAAUGUCAAACUCGCUCUCAAUGGUCUAUCAACUGCAAUUUUUGAUAGCAAAGUCACUGGAGAUAUCAUUCUUUCGAGAUACGAUUUCGCUCUUAUUGCAAAACUCAAUGGUAAGAAACUUUUCGAAGAAUGUUUGGAAGAGAAAAAUAUCUUCAAAAGCAAAUGUGCAUUAAUUCAUGUUCCAACAACGAAAGAAUUCGGACCACAAAUCGGAAUUGAGAAUUAUUCUGAAAGUUGGAAAAGAAUUUAUAUGGAAUCCAGACAAAAUAAGACUGAUUUCUUAAAGUCUAUCGAUGGUUUGUACUAUAUCGAAGAAAAGCCAAAUUGGAAUAUGACCCAUGUUUUUGAUAAUUUUUAUAUCAGAAAAAGAAUAUCCACAAUUGAAAAUGACACCGAAAUGAAAAAUUAUAAAGAAGAAUUGUCAAGAAUCAUCAGUAUAAUUAAAAAUUAUAAGGAUUUCGAACAGAAAAGAUCUGUAGAAGCAUAUGAUCAUUUGAAAUCGAUUCAGUGUGAUCAGGAAUUUAUUCUUACUUAUUAUAAGAAUGCAUUGUCGAAUCUUUCAAUAACUGCACGCUUAUUCUUCUGCAAAUAUACAGGCUACAAAAUGCGCAAGGAACCAAAAAGAAUUGUGUUUGAUUAUAGAAUGAGUGAUCAAAUAGGUAAAAUCCAGGAUUAUGCCAAUGAUUACUAUCUUUAUCAAAAAGAAAAAUUUGUCAAAGAGAAGAAAUAA